UCCGCACAAAAACCAAGUCACUGAAAGUACUCAAUCCAUGGCGGAGAAGAACCAAAAUUACGCAUCACCACAAUCAGAGGAUGGAAUCUUACUUUAUUACAAAUACGCUGAGAUUCCAAAUGUAAACGAUCUCGUAGUAUUUUACAAUACCAAUUGUAAAUCACUUCAUCUUCUUGGUCGAGUUCGUAUUGCUCCUGAUGGUGUUAAUGUCACUGUUGGUGGGAAAUUAGCAGCUUUGGAGAAACACAUUGAGGAUGUUAAGUUGAAUAGUUUGUUUGAAGGGACUGAUUUUAAGUUAGCAUCUUGUGACUCCCCUUCUAAUGAGAAGAUUGCAAAAGAAUGUGGGUUUACGUCUCUCUCGGUUCGCGUCGUAAAGGAAUUAGUUACGCUUAGCUCGCAGCCUCUUUUGGAGUCACCGACAAUAUCAAAUGCUGGGAGGCAUUUGUCAGCAGCUGAGUUUCAUUCGGUUCUUCAUAGUGCUGGAAAUAAUUUGGAGAGUGAGGGUCAAUCUGGGGGUAAACCACUUAUUCUGUUAGAUGCAAGGAAUGUAUAUGAAACAAGAAUUGGGAAGUUCAAAACCUCCAAUGUAGAAACUCUUGAUCCAGAAAUUAGGCAAUAUAGUGAUCUACCUUCUUGGAUUGAUAGUCAUGCAGAGCAGUUGCAAGGCAAAUCUGUUCUCAUGUAUUGCACUGGGGGAAUAAGAUGCGAGAUGGCAUCAGCCUAUAUUAGAUCCAAAGGUCAUGGUUUUGAAAAUGUUUUCCAGUUGUAUGGUGGCAUACAGCGGUACUUGGAACAAUUUCCAGAUGGUGGUUUUUUUAAGGGAAAGAAUUUCGUAUUUGAUCACAGGAUUUCUGUUGGCAGCUCAAGUUCAGAUGUUGUUGGAUUGUGCCUACUAUGUGGUUUGUCCUUUGACGAUUAUUCUUCUCGUUGCCGGUGCACCUAUUGUCGGAUGUUGGUGUUGGUCUGCGGCAGUUGUCAGAAGAAGGAUGGUGUGGAUUAUGUUUGUGAGCUAUGUAAGAAACAGAGUAAGAUGGGUGAGCCAGUAUCAGUGAUUGGAAGUAACAUUAACCGUAUUGAUUCAACACCAGUUAAUGGGUUGGGUGUCGUUGAACUUGAGUCUACUAUGUUGUGUAAGAAUAUAACAUCUGCUCCUGAACACUCUGAGGGACAUGGUACCAGGCCUAUCAAAAAGUUAAGAAUCUUGGCCUUGCAUGGAUUCCGUCAAAAUGCAUCAAGUUUCAAGGGAAGAACCGCCUCCUUGGCUAAGAAGUUGAAAGAUUUAGUAGAGCUUGUUUUCAUAGACGCACCCCAUGAGUUACCUUUUGUUUACCAGCCACGUACGACUGAAACAACUCCUUGCUCUGAAUUGGAAACGCAAAAAGGCCCACCACCAUUAGAGAAGUGCAAGAAAAAGUUUGCUUGGUUAGUUGCAGAAGACUACAACGUCUCCACAGGAAAAGAUUGGAAAAUUGCGGAUCAGCCAUUCGAUCCUUUACAAUACCGGCUACAAACAGGUGGAUUCGAUGCUUCACUGGCUUACUUGAAAAAUGUUUUCUCUAAGUUAGGACCUUUCGAUGGGAUCCUGGGAUUCUCUCAAGGAGCAGCAAUGGCGGGUUCUAUAUGUGCAAGAAGAGGCAAAUUGGACGAUGAAAUAGAUUUCAAGUUUGCAAUCUUAUGCUCUGGGUUUGUCUUAGAAACAAAAGAUUUCGAGCUUGGAUUGAUAAACUGCCCUUCAGUUCAUGUUUUUGGCAAUGGUGGUCAAGGUAAAGACAGGCAGAUAGCACGCAACACAAGCAUGGAGCUCGCAAAUAAGUUUGAGAAAAGCUGCUCAUUGAUCAUUGAACACGAAUCUGGACAUAUAAUUCCUACUCAGUCUCCACAUAUUGAUCGUCUCAAAGCUUUUCUGGUGCAAUUUCUCUGAGUUGCUUUUGUACCUUUAACUGUCUUAAGAGUUUCGCCUUCACCAGAUUGUUGCCUACUUUUCAUAACUGUGGCAGAUUGUCAAGACCACCGUGCAACUGAAUCUAAUAUAUUCGUGUAAACUGCCAUUAGAAAUGCUGUUGAGUAGUUAAUCAGGUUAAAGGUUUUGUAAGGAUAAGAUGCGAAAGAGAAGUUAUAUUGGCUGCUUUUUAUACAUUGUGGACUGUAUAUACUUGAACGUAUUAGUGUAAGUGAUACAAGCAGCAAGUACUUGGUCUGUUUUCGUUUU